UGUGUUAAAGCCGGUGUCAGCUGAGGGAGACGCGCAGAUGCCCCGAGCAAGUGGGCUAGGAGGAAGGUAGCGGGAUCAUGUCCUCUGUGUCUUCUCUAUCCUUCUUUCUGAGUGAGGAUUCGGGACGGAAUAAAGGGAAGUACCGACACUUGCACGAACCGCGCGUCGGAGCGACCACGGAGUCAAAAUGAAGUCGAUCAUCAAUGCCUUAAAAAAGGAAGUGCCUUUCCGCGAGGCUCCAGCAUACUCCAAACAACUCGGAGGCCCGCAAUCUGGCAACAGUGGAAACAGCCAGUCCCCCACGUCUUUAUCAGCUCCACGAGUUUUGCUGCGCUCCAACAGUGACAACAACUUUAAAGUCAGUCAGUACCAGCAGCACAGUUCACCCGGCAAUUGGGGGACCCAUUUUCAGCAACACCCAAACAGGCCCCCUCAGCAGGUUAACUCACAGCCUGGCUCUUCAGCGUUACAUCACAGCUUGUCACCCCAGCUGCUUCAGCAGAUGCCCAGCGGCAGCCCCAAUGGCAACGUGGUGGUUCGAACCAUGGGAAGGGGGGCACGAAGCCGGUCACCCUCCCUCAGCAGGCUGGGGGAAGAGGCCCGACGGGCAGUACCCACUCAGCGUCAACCAAGUCCCAGCAGUCAUGGCGAGACAGUAGGAUUCAGAAGGAAGCUGUACAGUGCGGUCCCAGGGAGACACUUUGUGGUGGCUCGUCCUUACACAGCCCAGGCCGAAGGAGAAAUCAACCUCUACAAGAAUGAUCGAGUCAAAGUUCUCAGCAUUGGAGAAGGAGGCUUCUGGGAGGGUAGCACCCACGGCCAGUUGGGCUGGUUUCCAGCUGAUUGUGUGGAGGAGAUCCCGACAAAGGCCACGGAGGAGAGGAGCUAUUCCAGAGCGGACCGUGCUGACAGAAGAAAGCUCUUCAGACACUACACUGUGGGUUCCUACGACAGCUUUGACGCCUCAAGUGACUGCGUGGUGGAUGAGAAGACGGUGGUGCUUCAGAAAAAGGAGAAUGAAGGAUUCGGCUUCGUUCUGCGAGGGGCAAAAGCGGAUACGCCCAUUGAGGAGUUUACUCCCACCCCGGCCUUCCCGGCUCUGCAGUAUCUGGAGUCAGUGGAUGAGGGAGGCGUGGCUUGGCAGGCGGGGCUCAGGACAGGGGACUUUCUCAUCGAGGUAAAUCAAGAGAAUGUGGUGAAGGUGGGCCACAGACAGGUGGUCAACAUGAUCCGCCAGGGGGGGAACCGCCUCCUGAUCAAGGUGGUGACAGUCAGCCGGAAUCUGGACCCUGACGAUACGGCACGCAAAAAAGCUCCACCACCACCAAAGAGAGCCCCAACUACAGCCCUGUCCAUGCGCUCCAAGUCUAUGACAUCCGAAUUAGAGGAACUAGCUACCCUAAGGAACAAGAAAGGUGACAAAGUUGAAGAAAUGACACACGCCCAGAAGACAUCACCAAUCAAUACAAAGAUCGCCACAAUAAAGCCCCGCCCAUCCAGCCGCUGCUUGGUUACGUCUACUGAUCUGAAUUCCAUGUACCAUGACCGGCAGGGAGUAGCAGUGGUACCACCAACUGUACCAGGGGCGUUUUUGGGCUUACCAGAAAAGGCCACACUAAGGAAGCAAAAGUCCAUAGGUACAGCAGAAGAGGAGAAACAGGGAUUCCUUACUCCCCCUCUGCUCAAGUUUUCACGCAGCCUUUCAAUGCCUGAUACGUCAGAGGACAUCCCUCCUCCUCCAGCCAUUUCACCCCCCUCACCACCUGGCUACAACUCACCUGCUGGCGCAGCAUCCAAAGGUUAUGGUACCACGAGACCCAGCUUUACUCAGAACUCACCUAAUGCUGUGACAACCAUUAAUAGACUCACAGAUGCUGGUACAUUGAGGCGGGGCUAUUUCAGACAGAGUUCAGAGCAUUUUGAGAGCACACGCACUCGAGGGCGUGCACCGGUGCCAGAAAACCCUUAUUCUGAGGUUGGCAAUAAGAAUUUAUAUGUGCCAGCGAAACCAGCCCGAAGGAAGGGCAUGCUAGUAAAACAGCCAAAUGUUGAGGACAGUCCAGAAAAAAACUGCCAUAUGCCAGCAAGUUCCUCAGGCGCUGUUUCAACGCCAACUACACCUGUUGAGCGAACAUGCUCUUCCAUCCCCAUUCCCACUAUCAUCGUCAAGGAACCCUCCACUAGCAGCAGUGGCAAGAGCAGCCAGGGUAGCAGUAUGGAGAUUGAGCCAACCACUCCAGAACAUCCAUCUCUCAUGCCUACCGUUGGUGGAGGUCUGCGUCCUGAAGACCCAAUGUCUCUAAGCAACCCAUUUGCCGCAGCUAUUGCUGGGGCAGUACGAGACCGGGAGAAAAGGCUUGAAGCAAAAAAGAACUCAAUUGCCUUCCAGUCAAUAGAUAUGACAGAUGAUGACUUCAGUGGCCCUAUACCAACCCCCCGCCUCCGUCAGUCAAAGUCCAUUGAUGAGGGAAUGUUUAGUAGUGAUGAACGACUUAGAAGGAUGAUGGCUCCCCCAAUGCACCUUGGACCUCCUGUUGGGGGGGGCAGUGGUAACAUGACAGAUUUUAACACGCCAGAGCCCACAGUUGUUCGAGAACCUCUAAACACUAGAACAGGCCAAUGUCUCAACCUGGACAGUCCUGUUAGUCUCCCAGCCACUCCCCCAAAAAGCCACUACAGGGCCAAUGGGACCUACCUUCAUCCUGUCACUGGUAAACCAUUGGACCCUAAUUCUCCACUUGCAUUGGCCCUUGCAGCUCGUGACCGAGCCAUGAAGGAGCAACAAAACCAUCAUCAAAAUCAGCAACAAAAUCCUCCUCAGGUUCAACAAACUCCCAAACAUGAAGCUCAGUCACUCCCUCCACAGCCAAGCCAAAAAAAAGACCUCAACCAACCACUCUUUAUUGAUACCAAGCUGCGGUCUGGGAUUGAGACAAGUUUUGCUGCAAUCUCAUCAUCAACAAUGGGCCGUCCAGGGCGAGGUGGCUUGCGGAGGCAGAUGACUGAGCAGAAAUACGAGUCUGAUGGGGCACGGGAGGAGCGAACGCAUCAGGCAGUUGAGGUGAGGAAAAGUGCUCCCCCAGAUGUGGCUGACACACCUAAGUCAGCUGGGUUGUUGAUGGUUCACACCAGCACAGAAGCAAGCAACAAGGUCAACAACCAAGAGUUGGAAGGGCAAGACAGCAAUCAACCAUUUGAGCUUAAAGACAACAAUCAACCCGAUUCUCGCAAUGCCCAAGCAUUGUCUGUUAAUCCCCUGCCCUCCUCGGCACGAAGACGGAGUAUUCCUUUUGGAGAAUCCGUGGAUGAACCUGUAAAGCUGCCCUUUCGUAUCCCUCCACCCCCUUUGGCUUCAGUUGACAUUGAUGAGGAUUUUGACUUCACAGACCCUCUUCCACCUCCUCUAGAGUUUGCAAACAGCAUUGACAUUCCAGAUGACCAGGCUAGUGCCAUUGCAGAGAUGAUUCAGCAACAGAGAAGAAACGGGGGGCCUCUCCUACCGCCAUACAAUGCCCAUGCACCCCCACCUGUUUCUGAUCAACACAAACGUGUGACAAACAGUGUUCUCCCUUCAUAUCCUGCACCCCCGCCAAACCCAGAGUCAGCGGUUGGUGACUCUGGUGUUGAAGAGGUAGACAGUCGCAGCAGUGGAGACCCUCAGCACACAGAGACAACAAGCACAGUGUCUAGCAUCUCUACCCUGUCGUCAGAGGGAGGCUUCUGUGACAGCACCUUAGAGACUCUUCAUGCCACUGUAGAUGCUCAUUCCUUUCUUAUAGACAGACCUCCUGUGCCACCCAAACCUAAAGGCAAAUCUGUCAUCAACAGAACAUCACUUUAUCAUGAUACCCUAAUUGAAGAACCUCCAGAAUCUUUUGGGUCGCCUCCUCAGGCUAUUCCUGUUCCUCCUUCAUCAUCUGAAUCUUCUAGAACAUCAAAGCUGUGGGGUGAUCAACACUCUGAGAUUCACAGCCCUCCAUCUACACCAGAUACCAAGAACACCGUAAUCACAGAGUUGAGCUCCAUUCUGCAACAAAUGAAUCGCGAUGGGCCCCCCAAGUCAGGAGAAAGCCUUGAUUCCCCCACAGGAAACAGGGGGACCUUUGGAACAAGGAGCCUUGUGGUGGAACUGGCUACAAAGCCUCAACAGCCCACCUCCACUGGCCACACCUUCACGUUCCAGCCCCGUGCCUCUGCUUCAGCUGCCAAGUUGGCAUAUCGCAGCCUCUUCCGUUCGAAUGCUUCAUCGAUGGCGUCCUCCCAUGGGACCGUUAGCUCAACGAUGAAGGCACGGCGGCAGGACAUGGACCAGAGGACCAGGUCUGGGCGCAGGCUGGUUGCUGUAAUUUCGAGUGGGAAGAUAAGCCUCUGGCUGAGGUCUACCCGCAUUUCCCAAUCUCGGGCUGCGUUCAGUGGGCCUAAGUCUGGAGGUGAUGGCUUGGUCCGCCGUUUCUCUCCUUCCCGGAUGAAAGUUGUUUUGUGUGGGAAGGUAGCCUGAGCAUUUAGAGGCAUGGCAGCCAAGCACUUCAGUACCUGGUUGUGGCGCCAGGUGUAUCUCCCUUGAGUCAAACUGGUCUUGCAACCUACCAAGAUGUGUUUGAGGGUUGCUGGGGCUGUACAGGCUGGGUCCUCUCCAUACCAGAGAUGUAGGUUGGUUGGAGAGGGCAGGACAUCAUAUGUGGCUCUAAUGAUGAAACUUAGUCUUUUAGACUCCAUGCUCCAUAUUUUGUUCCACGUGAUUGUUCUCCUCUCCACGCCCUCCCACCUUAUCCAGCGGCCCUGCUGGGCUUGGGAGACUGCCUUGGCACACCUGGCUGCUUCCUCCUGGUGGCGCACUUCCUCCACCACCAUGUGCCGCCGUUCGGUUGCAGUUGCCUUUUGCCACGUGGGUGUUGUUGCUUCCAAACCAAGGCCCCCUCUGCCAUAUUGGACAUGCCCCACUAUAUCCCGGUGUCUGAGGGCAGUCUUUGCCACUGCGACUGCUGCAGAUGGAUUCCAUUUCCUCCCUGCCGCUAGGGUUGGAGCUGCACCUCUGACAAAUGGGUCCCGGGAUUCUGUGAGAGUCAUUUCCAGCCUUGAUUUGGCACAUUUUUACUCCUCCACCACGCUUAAGAUCGGUAGGGAGAGGGCUCCAUUGCCAUACAGGCCUACGCUGUUAAGACAUCUCGGCAGUCCAAGCCAUUUCCUCACUUGUGCAUUCACCAGCCUCUCCAGCCCAUUGGCAUGGGUUAGAGCGACCUCAUAGAUGGAAAUUGGCCACAUGAGACGGUGCAGCAGCCCAAACUUUAAGCACCACAGCUUCAGCUUCCCAGGGAGAGCAGUGUUAUUGAUCUGAUUGAGUCCACUGAUUGUAUCCUGCCUGAACGAACUGUUGACAAACCUUGUUUUAUCUGUUCUGACCACUUAUUGUCACCUGUCACUUACAGAGUUGCAUUGCAAAAGGUACAUUAUACAUUAUGUGUUUAUUUUGUUCAGAGUUUAGGCUGAAUUGUAUUACAAAGUUUUGGUAUGCGCGGGUGGGGGUGCAUUUGGCAGCACAUUAAAAUGUAAAUUAUUGAAUGACAAGGUGCGUCAUAAAAUAUUUUACCCCAAAUGUAUUCCUGGCCACGGCAUGCUCUGUCACUGAUUAAAAUAACAAUGCAACAUUUCCACUAUCACUUCCGGUGGCUCCGUGGCAGAUGUCAUUAGUACUUGCAGUGCAAAGCAGAAGGUCUUGGGUUCGAAGCCUAGUUGUGGUAGAACAUUUGGUAUGUUUUUUUAAGUGUAUGUUUUAAUGGUGUUAAAAUUGUUUAAUAUGCUAAACUUCAAUAUGAAUAAAAAAAAUAAAGUGGACUGUGACACAAUCAUGCUGAUUAUUAAAUAUGUUACAUGAGUGAUAGAUAGCUCAAUUAAAGCUUUUGUUAUUCCGGAAAUGUAUUGUAAUACAAGGUAAUAUAUUUUAUAUGGUGCUGGGAUACCCAUGAUUUCAGCCUUUUAAAGUUCCUCUUGGAAAACCAUUUUUAUUUUUUAUUUUAUUUGUUGAAUCCUAGUUACGGCCCUGGCUGUGAGUCAUGUAGACACACAAGGCAGAGGGGGAGAGGUAGAGGAUGAAAAGAGGGAGAGUGUCAGGUUUUGUUGGUGACGAACCCCAAGAUGCAGAGAUGACGAUAGGCAUUGAGCGGGAAAACAUUAUUUAAUGUCCAAAAAUAUAAAGAAAAAACACAAACCAGGAACUAGGAACAGGAAACAGGAUGCCAGGGAAACAGGAACUGGAAGACGAGGAACAAAAAGACAGCAAGCUACAAACAGCUACAGAAUAUAGCUUACCGCUACCGCAUCCAGCUACACUGACAUCGACAAGUAGAAAUGACAAUAAUCCAGCACAGACUGGAUGGGAAGGCAGGUUCAAAUAGCAGCUGGCUGAUUGACACCAGGUGUGGCCCGGUGCCAAUCAGCCACAGCUGAGGGGAAAAGCACUCAGGGAGACAAUCAGGAAAUAACCAAAAUAAGAGUGCUGACAGGAACUAAAGACAGGAAACAAAAGACAAACGCAGAGGAAAAACUAAAACAUAGCCAAACUGUCAGGGACAAGCCUGACAGUAGCCCCCCUUCUCAUAACGGAUACUAGACAUUCUAGAACCCCCCCCCCCAAAAAAAAAACAGUUCAAAGUCACGUGACGGUGGAGGGAGGACAAGGAGGUCGGCCGCCAGGCCAAAUGUCCCCGCAACCAGCGGGGAAGAGCCAGGUGGCGACGGCGAGUUGAACGCCGCCGCAAUUGGCGAGGCGGUCGCCCGUGAAACGACCACAUCCGUGGCCGACAAGAAUAUGGUGGCGCCCUCUGCUGCUGGCCCACUGGAGAGGAUGGUGGCGCCCUCUGCUGCUGGCCCACCGGAGAGGAUGGUGGCGCCCUCUGCUGCUGGCCUACCGGAGUGCAUGGUGGUGGCGCCCUCUGCUGCUGGCCCACCGGAGUGCAUGGUGGUGGCGCCCUCUGCUGCUGGCCCACCGGAGUGCAUGGUGGUGGCGCCCUCUGCUGGCCCACCGGAGUGCAUGGUGGUGGCGCCCUCUGCUGGCCCACCGGAGUGCAUGGUGGUGGCGCCCUCUGCUGGCCCACCGGAGUGCAUGGCGGCGUCUGCUGGCCCACCGGAGAUGAUGGCGCCGUAGGUUCUAGACCCACCAGAGAUGAUGGUGGUGUCUGCCGGCCCACCGGAGAUGAUGGUGGCGUCUGUUGCAGACCCACUUGAGAUGAUGGCGCCGUCUGUUGCAGACCCACUGGGGCGAGAAGUAGCUGUGCCUCCCCAGCUGCACAGGUAGUCAUAGCCCCCCCCCCUCAAGGGACGGAUCCCAGACGUCCCCUGAGAAGCCAACAUAGGACAGGGAUGGGUGGGAUGGAUUACAAAACGAGGCAAAGCUUUUCCUCGAUUUGGCCAUCAAUUCUAAAGCUUUGUUAAGCCUCUCCGCCAUGGAAAUCUCCGCGGGGUUCGUACUAGGCUGGAUUAUUCUGUCAGGUUUUGUUGGUGACGAACCCCAAAAUGCAGCGAUGACGAUAGGCAUUGAGCGGGAAACAUUAUUUAGUGUCCAAAAAUAUAAAGAAAAAACACAAACCAGGAACUAGGCACAGGAAACAGGAUGCCAGGGAAACGAACUGGAAGACGAGGAACAAAAAGACAGCAAGCUACAAACAGCUACAGAAUAUAGCUUACCGCUAUCGCAUCCAGCUACACUGACAUCGACAAGUACAAAUGACAAUAAUCCAGCACAGACUGGAUGGGAAGGCAGGUUCAAAUAGCAGCUGGCUGAUUGACACUAGGUGUGGCCCUGUGCCAAUCAGCCACAGCAGAGGGGAAAAAGCACUCAGGGAGACAAUCAGGAAAUAACCAAAAUAAGAGUGCUGACAGGAACUAAAGACAGGAAACAAAAGACAAACGCAGAGGAAAAACUAAAACAUAGCCAAACUGUCAGGGACAAGCCUAACAGAGAGAGUCAUAGGAGAUGGCCAAGCAGGCCUCCACUCCAGAUCCACUCCCAAAAGGCUUCCACAAGGCCUGGGUCGUAACACUCGGGCAAAGUUGCAUUUCAUGAUUAAACUUCAGGUCUUUUUCCCUGUCUAUAUCAAAUAAUAACUAUAGAUCUUAACGUUGUGUAUGUGCAGAAAGCUGCAUUUAUGAAAGCUGAACUCUUUUAGGUUUUGUUUUCUUUUAUUUAGACUAUCUGAGUUGGUGCUUUUCAAAGCACUUGCAGCAAAAAUAUGUUUUAAGACACAAAUAAUAUCAAGAUAAUUAGGGAUGUCCGAUAAUGGCUUUUUGCCGAUAUCCGAUAUUCCGAUAUUGUCCAACUCUUUAAUUACCGAUACCGAUAUCAACCGAUACCGAUUUCAACCGAUAUAUACAGUCGUGGAAUUAACACAUUAUUAUGCCUAAUUUGGACAACCAGGUAUGGUGAAGAUAAGGUACUUUAAAAAAAAAAAAAAAAAAAAAAAAAAAAUAAGAUAAAUAAAUUAAAAACGAUUUCUUGAAUAAAAAAGAAAGUAAAACAAUAUAAGAACAGUUACAUAGAAACUAGUAAUUAAUGAAAAUUAGUCAAAUUAACUGUUAAAGGUUAGUACUAUUAGUGGACCAGCAGCACGCACAAUCAUGUGUGCUUACGGAUUGUAUCCCUUGCAGACUGUACUGAUAUAUAUUGAUAUAUAAUGUAGGAACCAGAAUAUUAAUAACAGAAAGAAACAACCCUUUUGUGUGAAUGAGCGUGAAUGAGUGUAAAUGGGGGAGGAAGGUUUUUUGGGUUGGUGCACUAAUUGUAAGUGUAUCUUGUGUUUUUUAUGUUGAUUUAAUAAAAAAAAAAAACAAUACCGAUAAUAAAAAAACGAUACCGAUCAUUUCCGAUAUUACAUUUUAAUAUCGGCCGAUAAUUUCGGAAGGCCGAUAUUAUCGGACAUCUCUAAAGAUAAUCCUUAAAUGGGAAAUACUAAACGUUAAAAGUAUAACAAAGUGGUCAGUGCAAACGCAUGCAUUAUUCGGCUUUGCUCCCUUGGACUGGAGUGCAUGCCACUUUUCUCUAUGUUUUGCGUAAAAUAUUGUACUCCUCCACCCUUCUUGAUUACCUCUCCAGAACUCUGAAGAAACAUUCAUCCUUUUUGCGAUUUGAAAGGUUUGUACAGCCGAAAACAACACACGCAUAGGACAUUUUUCUUUGAAAAAAUGUAAAUGUCCGAGUACCCAUUGAGAACAGACGCUGGCAGGACCACCACGCAUACUUAAUGAACUGGACGUGAGCCGAAGGAGACAUCAUGUAAAUCCAAGCAAUAUACAACUGGCAUCCUCACAAUGUCAAUCAGAUCAACUAGUACUGUUAAAGUGUCUUUUAUUCAUUGAAAACACAGAGCUGUUGAAGUAAAAUAACACAAUAAACCAACAUAAUAUUUCAGGAGCCAUACGUUUUUAUCCACAAACCUAUUAUUUUAAGAAAAAGUUUCUAUAUUUCUAUUCUGCUUCUGCCUAUGUUUGGUUGCUACUUACUGAUCCAGCAGAUAGAUAACAUUUUCUCAAGAAGAACUUUAUUUGGGUUUAAUUUCCCUGUGAGGAAAUUUAGGAUGGAUGGGCAGCUGGCAACCACCAUCACCGGGUAACAAUCGGAUAACAGAGAUAUGACAGACAAUGACUCUUUGUCCACUAAAACUUUCUCCAGCUUCUCUUUAAUUGCCUCACAAUAGUAGGCUUUUGACUGGUCAACCAAUGCAGAAGUGUGUCUCGGAUAGUUUUGAUCAUGUCACAUGUACAUCACAUCCAGUUGGAACCUUCCAAAACUUGUAAUCUAUUUUCUUUGUUUGUGGCUCUGAAAUAUUUGUUAAAUUGUGUCAGUGUAGAGUGGCCAUCCAAAAAUUUGAGAGUUCCUGGUACGAAUCCAGCUUCCGCCACCCUAGUCACUGCCGAUUUGUCCUUGGGAAAGACACAAUUUUUGGCGGUAGUCGGAGAGGAACGUCGGCGCAAAUUGGUAGCCACAUUUUCGUCAGUCUACACCAGGGCAGCUGUUACUACAAAUGUAGCUUAAUGUGUGAGUAGUUUUUUCAGUUUUCACACUAAAGCACUUUGUGUAUCUACAAAAGUGCGAUAUACUGUAUAAACCUAAUCCAUCAUAAACUUGCUCACUUACCAGAACACCUUUUUGGGCCUGCGAUCAUCAUCUUUCGUUCGCAGGGGUGUGUUCGGACUACCUAUCUGGUGUGACAAGAGCUACCAGGCGCUUUAGUAGAUAAGGAAAAUAUGUCAGCCGAGAGAGAGCAACAAACAGUGACGACAACAUUGUGUGAAAAGGACUGCGGAGGGUAUAGGCGCUUUGUCGUACAUGUCAGUCAAACAGAUGGCAGCACAGACACAGAAGAUGGCCUCAGUUCACACAUGACCAGCCUGUCUCUUUUUUAACCCUGUAUGCCUUAAUCUUCUGCUCUCUUGCUUCUCUUCACAAUAUAAAUAUCCUGCUCGCUGUUUUUUUCCCCACAAAUCUAAAAUGAACUUCAGCACCAGCGGUAACAUCCCAUUCCUUCUUCGAAGGCUGAUUUGUUUGUUUCUUUCCUUUUUUUUUUUAUCGCGUAUCGUAGCCACCUAAAUUAAAUGUGCGUUGGUUGUGCCUUUGGACAAAAGAGUUGCCUAGCAACCAGAUGAUGAGAGCAGCCUUGAGGCCCUCAGUGAUGUCAGCCUGAGUUGGAGAGAUGUGUGUUUGCACUCCGUCUGUGUUUGCGUGUGCGUGCGUGCGUGCGUGCGUGCGUGCGUGCGUGCGUGCGUGCGUGAGUGAGUGAGACCAGUAGGAAGGCAAGGCUCAGCCUCAGCAGAGUUCAGCAUCCUUUCAUGCAGUUCACGUGCCACAUUGCUUUAGUAGGCCACCAUUAUGUAACUCAGCACAGCCGAGUCAGUGCGUGCGCGUGCUUGCUUGGCUUCUAUAAAUAAAUGCAGUGUUCGCAUGUUUGCCAAUGAAUGCGACCCUUUGUGGAAGUACAGUGUGUUUUAGAAAGAAUUAGGGAGUGUAAGGAGUGGUGCAAACGAGGUCUCCGACCUGCAUAUCAAUAUAACUGCAUCACCAACCCCCUCAUACAAACCCUGUUUCCACAACAGUUGGGAAAUUGUGUUAGAUAUAAAUAUAAACGGAAUACAAUGAUUUGCAAAUCAUUUUCAACCCAUAUUCAGUUGAAUAUGCUACAAAGACAACAUAUUUGAUGUUCAAAAACUCAGUACGCACUUCUUUCCAAGUGCCUACAAGCCUGUCCAGUACCAGGGGUUUAAUCGAUAAAAUUGUGUAUAGAAUUCUGUCUAAACGUUUCCAUACAAACAAAUGGACAUAUAUUCAUUCCGAUGAAUGGCUGUGUUUUUAUAAAAUAGAUCAUAUACUUUAUGUGGAAAACACACACA